GAUCCUGCUGACCGUGGUGGUGAUUUUCCGCAUCCUGAUCGUGGCCAUCGUGGGCGAGACGGUGUACGAGGACGAGCAGACCAUGUUCAUGUGCAACACGCUGCAGCCGGGCUGCAACCAGGCCUGCUACGACAAGGCCUUCCCCAUCUCCCACAUCCGCUACUGGGUCUUCCAGAUCAUCCUGGUCUGCACCCCCAGCCUCUGCUUCAUCACGUACUCGGUGCACCAGUCGGCCAA